UGACUGACGUCUGACGAUUACCGCACCGGCACCGAUUGUCUGACUCGAAUAGAUGAGUGUCACACUUGACAGUUGUUGACGGUAAGUCGACUAUGUAGUUGACAAUCACGACGUUAUAGUCGUUAUACAUAAGAUUAUUGCACUACCGAGAUAAGACCACACUACCACAGUCCGCGCUCGUCAGUCGUCGGUCGAGUUCGAGUUGUACACGAGUAAUGAGUAUUGCUAUUGCAUUGCACAUUUGCAUUUUGCACUCCGUCGAGUGUUGUCGGUCCAUACCGUUCGUCGUAUCAGCCCGUACUAGUAUCUCUGAAGAGCGAUAGUGACGUAAUAUUAUUAUUGUUUUGUUGUUGUGGCUUAAUAGUUUUAAUAUCGCUUCAGUACUCACAUAACUCAUAAGUCGUAGCAAUUCAGUCGAGUACUCAGUAGUCGACAGUCGUGAGUCUUGUCGCUUAGCGUGUCAACAAUGUAUGCAAUUAUUGCAGUUUGAACGUAUAUCGUCAUAAUAUAAUAUACGAAUUAAUACAAUUAUUAUUAUCAUACUAUAAUUGCGGUCUUGUGCAAUUAACCAGUUUAUAAUAAUUACAAUAACUUUUAACGCCGUGCCUAUUAUGCGCGUGAGUAAUUAGAAUAAAAUAUCGUCGUCCUUUGUUCGAUGCGUAUCGCUUUUAUAAUAGUUUGCGCACAAAUCUUUAUUCAUACGAAAUAAUAGAUUGAUCAUAAUAAUCAAAUAUCAUCAAUUAUGCACGUCGAUUCGGAAUGACCAGCUGGACAGGGGGAAACAAACAUCGGAGCAGGCGGUGGGAAAACCUACGACCACGGCGGCAGUGAAGGAGGAGGUACGACGCGAUAGCCUCGCCGACGACGAUUGCGACGGAACAACGACGACGGAUCCGGACAAUGGUUUUUGUCGCGUUCUAUCACCGCGUGGGAGAGUACGUUAGAACUAAAGAGGAUUACGACGACGACCGCAGUCGUAUGCUGUGCGACGAAUUCUUCACGACCGUCGCUCUGGUGUCGCAGCACACGAUCGGGUGAACGUCGGAGCCAGUUAAUGUGACCGCAGAUUGAUUUUUGACAAUAAAUGGCCAUGGAAACGCUUACGAGAGAUGUGCCAUCAAGUAUGCAACACCAAAAUAAUUCAUCUGUUUCAAAUAUGAAACAUAGUUAUGUUCAGUUGUCCAAAACAUGUUUAGAUGAAGAUGCUCAAAUAAAUAAAAAAUUACCAAAAGAGCUUUUAUUACGAAUAUUUUCAUACCUAGAUGUUGUGUCAUUAUGCCGUUGUGCUCAAGUAUCUCGUGCUUGGAAUGUAUUAGCAUUAGAUGGAAGCAAUUGGCAAAAAAUUGACUUGUUUGAAUUUCAGACUGAUGUUGAAGGUCCAGUAAUAGAAAAUAUAUCACGGCGAUGUKGUGGUUUCUUACGGCAAAUUAGUUUGCGUGGAUGUCAAUCAGUUGGAGACGGCUCUCUGAAAACUCUAGCUCAGUGUUGUAAUUAUAUUGAAUAUAUAAAUCUGAAUGGAUGUAAGAGAAUUACAGAUAGCACUAGUCAAUCUUUAAGUCAAUAUUGUAAAAAACUAUUGUCAUUAGAUAUUGGUUCAUGUUCUAUGGUGACUGAUUUAUCUUUAAAAGCAAUUUCUGACGGUUGCCCAAAUUUGACUAGUGUUAAUAUAUCUUGGUGCGAUGGCAUUACAGAAAAUGGUGUUGAAGCCUUAGCACAUGGUUGUCCAAAAUUGAAAUCAUUUAUAUCCAAAGGCUGUACAASAAUGACAACACGAGCAAUUAGUUGUUUAGCACAACAUUGUGUAAAAUUAGAAGUUGUAAAUUUGCAUGGCUGCAAUAACAUUGAAGAUGAAGCUGUGAUAAAGUUAGCCAACAACUGUAAUUCUUUGAAAUAUUUAUGUCUUGCAAACUGUUCUUUAUUAACUGAUAGCUGUCUUGUUUCCCUGGCUGAACAAUGUCAUCAGUUAAAUACCUUAGAAGUAGCUGGUUGUUCACAGUUUACUGAUAUAGGAUUUUUAGCAUUAUCAAAAACGUGUCAUCUUUUGGAAAAAAUGGAUUUAGAAGAAUGUGUAUUUAUUACAGACUCGACUCUAUUUCAUUUAGCAAUGGGAUGCCCCCGGCUUGAGAAUUUGAGUUUAUCACAUUGUGAACUAAUUACUGAUGAAGGUAUCAGACAUCUGAGUACUUCAACAUGUGCAUCUGAACAUUUGGCUGUGCUUGAAUUGGACAACUGUCCCCUUAUUACAGAUGCAUCUCUAGAACACCUAAUUAAUUGUCACAACUUGCAAAGAAUAAUGUUGUAUGACUGUCAACUCAUUACCAGAAAUGGAAUAAAACGUCUUCGGACACACUCGCCAAAUAUAAACGUGCACGCCUACUUUGCGCCUGUGACACCGCCACCGUCUACUGGCAAUAGUCGCCAACAUUAUUGUCGUUGCUGCGCCAUAUUGUGAGCCUGGCUUGAAGGCCGGUCAUGCAUACGUGUGUGUGCUACUUGCCUGAAAUAUUUGGCGAACAUUUUGCAAUCAUUAGCCUGCUGUGUAUUAAAAUAUAAUAUUUAUUUUCUACCAAUCGUUUUUAUAAUCAUGAUGUUGUAUUGUUCAAUAUUAUAUUUAGUAUACGUACAUAGAUAAUGAUUAUAUUUUAAGUACUAUGAAAAAAUCUGUCAAUUUGGACAGAUAUAUUAUACAGGUUUAUGUAUUAUGCUUGUGUUUGUAUAUGUGUAUAAACGCAUGAAUAUGGUUCACUAAAUUAUAUGUGCCUGUAUUUUCCUUUUAAUAUUUUUAGUUGAAUGAAAAUCGUAGAUGUACAUGUAUAACGUAUAGUACACAUUACUGUGACUAAGAACAGAGAACACUUUAACAAGACCUUAAGCAUUUUUUGUAUUUAAUUUGAGGAAUAACUUGAUUAAAUAGAUUACCAGGCUACCGAUUUCUAUUACACAUUUCUAGGUUGUGUGUUCUGCACAUGCACAACAUAAAUUUAUUAUUAUUUUUUUUAAACCCCAUAUUUCUUUAUUAAUAUCAUAUUUUCAUUUGUUUAAUUUUUUAGUAAGUUUGCUUAUUAACAUAUAUUCUAUAUCCAAAAUUCACAAUUUUCAUUAAAAAAUUUGAAUUCUGAGAAAUUAAUUUAGUAUUCCGCCACUAUUCAAAUUAAAAAAAAUGCAUUAGAUUCUUAGUAAUAUAGUGUUUCUUUAUUCCGUUAAUGUUGUAUGUAUAUAUUAAAUAUCUAAUUAUUGAGUAUUAAAAUUAAAAUCUAUAUAUUUUCUUUACAGUUUGCAUGAUAAUAAAAGUAUAUUUUUCAGAAAUCUAAAAAAAAAAUUAUCAUGUUAUUAAAAACACUAAGUUUACACUUAAAAUAAUGAUGGAUUGAUUGAAAGACAGACAUUUUAUUUCUUAUUUAUUUCAAUAUUUUAGUAUGAUACAGUUUGUUAUUGUUUUUCAAAUAAGCACUAAAAAUAUAAUAGAGAAAGUUGAGCACCUUUAGUGAACCACUGUGUACAUAGAUUUAUUAUUAACCAUAAUUUUUUAUUUCAUCUGGUUUAAAUCAUGUUCCUUUUUGACAAUACAAUAUAUAAAAUAUUUAUACACACUACAAAGUAUUAUGCCUAAUUUUAUCAACAAAAUAAUUACUUCAUUCUGGAGAGUCCAAAAAUUAUAUUCAUUAAACAUAUUAUAGUUCUUACAUCUUUUCCUAUUUAACGAACAAAGUAAUUUAUUUUCCCAUUAUUGUGUUAUCAUAUUUUAUAUUAUUUCUUUAUUUUUUUCUAUUGUUCAAUGUUAGUCCAACCACAUUUUUUUUUAUACAUGAUUUUUAUUUGCAUAAUGUAUUUGUACUAGAUUUCCAUAUUGUAUUAACACGACAUAUUUUUAUUGGUGCUCGCUCAUAGACUUGGUGAACAAAUAUUAAUAUUUAAUGACUUAAGUGGUUUUUUAAU